AUGGAGGAUGAUCGAGAGUAUGACAAGCAGACAACAGAGGAAAUUAAGGAAGACAUCCGGCAGCAGAUGAAGAGCGAGGAGUCCAUCGACUUCCGGCUCGAUCUCGAGCGGCUGGAGCGCGAGUACAAGGAGGAGUGUCGGCAGCACGGGUCGGCCGGUGCCAAGAAGUUCCCCUACGCGGUGCUCCUCAUCCGAAGCAACAACAGGCAGCAGGUGGAGUUCGGCGUGCGGCUGCUCCACGAGGAGCUGCGCGAGGAGAUCGAGGACGGCGGCCGGGCCAACCUGUACUACCUCGCCCUGGGCUACUUCAGGCUGGGCGACUACGUGGCCGCCCGCAAGUCCGCCGAGGCCCUGCUCCAGCUCGAACCGCACAACCGCCAGGCCCGCGCCAUGAAGGCCCUCCUCGACGAGCAGAUCACCAAAGAUGGGCUGGUGGGCAUGGGCUUGGUGGGCGGUGCGACGCUGCUGGCUGCAGGCGCGCUGACGGCGGGCGUCUUUUUGAUCAGAGCCUUGGCCAAGAAGUGA